AUGAAUUCCAACCUUCGCGAAGCCCACUCUACACCCUACAUACUCAAAGAAAGUAAGUGUAAUUAUGUUGUUUUUGUUUUUUUUUCCACAUCCUGCAAUUGUUUUUUUUUCUCAACUUUCAAGACAAAAAAACUUUAACUGAUAGCAAGGUUCAAGUGUAAUAUUUGAGAAACGUGAUUUAAGAAUGAAAUCCUUGUUUACUCAACUUUUUUCGAAAUUUAUCACGUUUAUUUCUUGAUUGCGCAGAAAUUCUGCUUUAAUUGAUAAUCUAGGCACCUAACUUUCUCAGAAUUAACACACCGUGUUCUCAUAAACAAAAAUUCGUCUGACGAUUGUUUGAAUAAAAUAUUAACCUCUAAAACAUUUUAUAAGCUUUAAAACACUGUUUAUAAACUCAAUAAUACCUAAACCAACAUUACGUUACUUCAAAUCAAUUUUAGUUGACGAGAAAGAAAACUCGACGCAUUCAGAAUCCACAUCAACCAGAGAUAUCGCUGUAAAGUCAGCAUUGGAGAAGGUCCAGUUCAAUACGGGUUGCUCCAGCUCUUCGAGUGACUUGACAAAGUUUAUCGAGUUCUACAACGAUUCCUCAGACCAGGAUGUCGUUGAUGGUUGGAUGAAAGUAUACCAAAAGCACAAAGACGGUCCAGUGCACCAGAACUCGAAUAAUUCAGAAGAAGAUGUGAGGAGGAGUCAUAACACUUUGUACAGUGAUUCCACAGAAAGUUUGACGCCGACCUCAUCAAGGGACCCCAAGCCAGACAGUCAAUGCACGAUGCAGAAACGGUCGGUGAAUCGGUCGAUGGAUGUACUGCCAACAAUCAACGAAGGAUUCUACGCUUUGGGUAAGAUAAUUUCAUUUUGGUAUCUAUUUCGAAGUUCAAAGAAGUCGUUUUUUGAAUAAAAGUCGAAAAGGACACCAAGAAUUUACGAAAAGGACAAUUUUAUACACUUUUUGACAAAAUCUGCACUUUCUUGUAAACAAUGUCAUGUUUUCAGAGAAGUGCGUAUCAGUGGAAUUCCCUCCAAAACAGAUGGUCCCUCCAUCUCGACUAUGCAGAUCCAAAGAGAUGCCGAAUAUAGCUGAUGUGGACGACUACGAAUGA